UUGAGCACCUCGCCGAAGCAAGUUUUUCCCUGUUUAUCUCUAGCUGAUCACUGCUGAUUUCCACAGCUAGAGGAAACUUAAAAAUGUGCGGGAGAGAAUUUCGCUUGCGAAAUUUCAAAUUUUGGCAUCCAAUCUAUCGUGAGUUUUGCGAGUCUCGGUGGCUGUCCUUGCCUGUAUUUGUGGCGUAUCGUUUGAUCGUCACAGCCUACAACCUUGGAUGGCUUGGUUACAACAUUUAUGUCGCUGGUGCCAAACUUUUCAUUUUCUUAACAAACUGGACUUUCCUAAUCUUGAACAUUUACUUUGUCUUUGCAACCACGCUCUCUUGUAUCGCUCUCCAUCAAAACCGAAAGAUGCUAAAAAGACCUGCUCCAAUAAGGGGCAGUCAAGCUGGACAGGUUGAAGAUCUGGAAAUGGGGCCUGGUGACAACAGCAAUGGUGCCGACGCCCGCGAGGUUGAUGCCUUGCGGUGGCAUCAUAAAAUAUUCUGGUUCAUCUACGUCAUUUCCGCGACAGGAGGAGUAUGGAUUACCGCUGGAUACUGGACCGUUCUGUUCGAAGACGAUCCUGUUGACGCCAACAACAUCACGAAGCACGCGCUAAACUCUGUUUUCAUGGUGAUUGACACUUUUCUGAGUUCGAUCCCAAUCCUCCUCUUCCACUGGAUCUACCCUCUGCUAUAUUUCGCCAUAUACAUUCUAUUCUCAGUGGUGUAUUGGUUAGCUGAUGGGACCAAUGAUAAAGGAGAACCGUUCAUCUAUUCUGCCCUGAAUUAUAAUGAUUUCCAGCUGACCAUUGGAAUACUUUUAGUCGUAUUUCUUCUUGUGGUUCUGCCAAUUUUACAUCUGAUCUUGUUUGGUUUAACCAAGUUACGAGAUUAUUUGUCUGAAAAGUGUAGAAACUAGUGUGGCAUGACGGGACAUAAAGUGGCAUCAGGGUAUGGCGCAUGCGCUGAAACAUACAGGAUGUUGCAUGUGACAUUGAUACUAAAUGACGAUGAGGUUUUGGUGAGGAUGAUGAUGAUAAUUAAUUAUUCUCAUGAUCUUAAUAAGUGAUUCAGAAGCAUCUCUGUUAGGAGAAAUUAAAUGCUGGUCACUCUAAGGGUUUUAAGGGUUAAAGUGAAAAAUCCCUGUAAUCGACAGUUUCAUAAUGCUGUUAAGUUAAGACGUCCUCCAUAGUGGCUAUUGAGGCACCCAAUAGCAAGUAUCCCUCGUUGUUUAAUUUCUAUAAAAAGGUCUACUCCAAAAAAGGGUGGACUCAAAGAGAGACAGAUGCUCGUGUUGAUGGGCUCCUGACAGACAUCUUUGCCUUUCUGUACCAGACCUCGCGAUGAGUUCAAGGUCGUACCAGGAGCCCAUUACUUGGGCUCUUGCUCUUACCUCUUUCAAACAAACUCAUCUUGAGGCUGGGCAGGAGUCAACCCGCAAAAAGAUAUUUGAAAUUGAUUGAUUGAUCAAACCGCAAGGUUUUUCUCAUUGCUCAGUACUUAUGCAUCAUGCAACUUGUAAAUAUCCACACGUAUUAUAUAUUCAAAGAUCGUAUAAGGUGUAUUUGAAAAU